AUGGCUCCAACAGAUAGCAAAAAGCGCUUGGCUUUGGCCAUCAUCGACUUCCUCGGCGCCAGUCUGAAGGACGGCACUCUGACCGCCGACGAUGCUGAGUCUAUCGAGAUUGCUCAGUCCUGCAUUGCCGACACAUUCAAAGUGGACCCAACUGACGAAGCUGCUGUGAAGGAUGCCGUGGGUGGCCAAUCGCUGGCUAGCAUCUACAGCGUCUACGAGAAGCUUCGCAGCAAGUCGACCCCUCAGUCGACUGGCACGGCCCCUCAGGAAUCGCAAGAGCAAAAGCCCAAGGCCGGUGCUCCCACUCCCGAGUCGGACCAGAUGAAGUCGGAGGGCAAUGCCUUGAUGGCCAAGAAGGACUACGCCGGAGCGAUCGAGGCGUACACCAAGGCGCUGCAAAUCGCUCCCUCAAACCCAAUUUAUUUGUCCAACCGUGCUGCCGCAUACUCCGCGUCUGGUCAGCACAGCAAGGCCGCCGAUGAUGCUGAGAUCGCUGUCGCCGUCGACCCCAAGUAUUCGAAGGCCUGGAGCCGUCUGGGUCUCGCCCGAUUCGACAUGGGUGACUACCACGCUGCGAAGGAAGCUUACGAGAAGGGGAUUGAGGCGGAAGGUACUGGUGGCAGUGAGGCCAUGAAGCGCGGUCUGGAGACCUGCAAGAAGAAGAUCGAGGAGGGCAGUCGUUCUACCGAGCCCCCCGCGGAGGAUCUGGACACGGCUCCCGGCGCAUCCCGUGGCGCCGGUGGCAUGCCUGAUCUUUCUUCGCUGGCUAGCAUGCUUGGUGGUGGCGGCGGUGGUGGCGGCGGCAUGCCCGACUUGGGCUCUAUGAUGAGCAACCCCAUGUUUGCCAGCAUGGCUCAAAAUCUCAUGAGCAACCCCGACAUGCUCAGCAACUUGAUGAGCAACCCUCGACUGCGUCAAAUGGCCGAGAGCUUCGGUCAGGGUGGAGGCGGUGGCAUGCCCGACAUGUCUAGUCUGAUGAGCGACCCCAGCAUCGCUGAGAUGGCCCGUAACAUGAUGGGUGGUGGGGGUGCUGGCCGAGGCCAGUAG